CACCGCGUGAUCUAUUGUGGCGCUGGCUAUGAAGAGGAAGAAAAGCCGCUCUUAGUAAUAUUUUUGUUCAUUUUUACGCUAUUUAUUAAAGUAUUACAAUUAAAUAAGAAAAAGUAGUAGUUAAUAUACAAAAUAACAAUUUCAAAAAUGUCUCAUCAUCCAAGUUCUUACAUAAAUCAUCAUUUGCCACAUGUUGAUCAUUGCCCUCUUUACAUGAACGAAAACAACGGUCAUCAACCAUAUUUAAUACAAAAUCCUCCUGUAAAUAUAAAUAUGCCAACGACGCCAACAGUGAUGUUACCAAAUGCUGUUCCACAAAUGCAUCCAGCAUCAAAUCCUACAAUACAUCAGCCACAACAUAACAUUCAUCAACCACCUCAAGGUCAUCAGUAUGUACUCGGGUAUCCUCCUAGUCCCAUAAUGAUGUCGGCAAAUAUACAAUUUCAUUCAACGGGACAGUAUUCACCUUAUUAUCCCCCACCACUGUACGGGAGUCCACAAAAUGUUCCAAUAAAAAAUGUCAUUAAUCCAAUACCUGGUGCUCAUCAUACUCACCAUUUUCAUCAACCAGGGUUAGUGGUUCCCUCACCACCAGACGUAACAAGAUCAUCUAUAAACCAAACAAAAACGCAACAUAGUAAAAUAAAACGACCUAACGCUCUGACGAAUAUAGUUGAUCCAAAAACCGGGCGGAAUGUUGCAGAAGAUAUUUACCAGCAUGCAAAUGAAGAUAGUACCGAUAAAAUUCCGCAUCCAGAGGAUUUACAAAUAGCUGCUGAUUUUGCAUCUCGAGUUGCUAGAGUAGCAACGUCACCAGAACCUCGAACGACUACAACUGUACCUGUAUCAAGUUCACAAAGUGAUUCAUUGAACAAUCAUCCGAAAACUUGUUCACCUAAAAAUUCUCAACAUACAUCUCAAUUAAGCCAACCUCAAUAUACAAUCUCAUCAAAUAGUUUUCAAACUACUGUUUCUCAGAGCCAUCCAUCAUCUACUCCUACUCAAAAUAUCUCACAUCAACGCAGUGAUUUGCAAAAUGAUCAGUUUAAUAUUUCUACAAAUAGUAACCGGCAUGUAGUACCACCACCUAAUUAUUCACAAAAUAUUAACACAAAUAGUCAACCCCAUGGGAGUACGACUGCAAGUACUCAAUAUCAUGUUUUAUCCAUUGACCACCAACAAAUCCCCGCAACAACUAAUUGUCAUAGCAGCGUUUCACCCAGUAAAUAUCAACAGCCUAAUUAUACUAGUAGUCAACAUAAUUCAUCUGUCAGUCACCACCCAAUCAUUAUUGUAAGUAAUAGUAAUCAACAAAAUGCUCCACAAGUUCACUAUCAGCAAACUACUGCCAUAAAUUAUCAACAAAAUAAUUUACCAUCAAGUAAUCAAGCUAUUAUUUCAACUAGUCAACAUGGAGCUCCAUCAGUUAAUUAUCAACCGAUUAUCGCAACGUCUAGUCAUAGUUAUUGUGUUGCAUCUAAUAAUUAUCAACCACCUAUUACUACAAAUAGUCAACAACGUAAUUUCUCAUCAAGUAAUGAACAACUUAUUUAUACAAAUACUAACGAUCCAAUUAAUACUAGUAGUAAUCAAAAUCAUCCAUCACCAAGUAAUCAACAGCAAUCUAAUUAUAAUACAAUGCCUAGUCAGUAUCAUCUUCCACCAAAUAAUAGUCAGCAAACUAUGACUACAAGUUCUCAUCAAAGCGUUAUUUCUCAUAGUAAUCAACAUAAUACUAAUCUUCAAUCUCAGAUUAUUUCUUCACAAAGCAGAUAUCAACAUAAUAUUUCUCAAGACAAUUGUCGAUCAGUUACUGCCUCACAAAUUACGUCAACAAAUUAUCAACACAACACUCCAUUAAAUAUUUCUCAAAGUAAUGUCCCGCCAGCAAAUUUCCAACCCAUCCCUGUACAAAAUAAUUUUCAAGUUAACAUACAACAAAAUAAUCAUUCACAAAAUAAUCACGGACGUUCAAUUAUACCGAAUAGUUAUCCAAAUAUUAAUUCUCAAAAUAACAAACAAAAUUCUAAUACUCAAAGAAAUAAUCAGAAUACGUCAUUAACGUCUCAUAAUCAAAACAAACGAAAUGGAAGUUAUAAUAAACCGCCAAACAAUUCCAAUCGAAUAAUACAUACAGGAAGAGCUGCUAAUAUCGGACAACUAACAGCGCCAGUGAGUUUACAGGCUACAACUACGACCAUAUUAAAACAUACUGUAACAUCUGAAGUAGAAACGAAAUCUGAUAGUAAAGAAGAAUCUAAACUCCAUCCGCUUGGCCGAGAAGAUAUUAAACAUCAACAUCCGCAUUCCAACAUCGUUCCUGUGAUUAUUACACAUCUUCCUAGACCUUGUUAUUCAAAUAUGUUACAAUAUGGUCCACCACCACAACAACCAAGACUUGAUUAUCGUCACCAAUAUCAUCCAAGACAUCAACGUCCAUCAAAUUAUCCAAUGCGUCAUCCAAUAACCCGAGGGCCAUCGCAUCCCAGGAAUUUGGAAGGUAUUUCUAAAGAGUUACAUGCGCAACCAAAUAUUCCUAUUGUAAAAUCAACUAGCCCGUCUACGGUAGAUUCAACAAUAAGUCAAAAAGCUCUUAAGUGCAAAAUUUCUGUUGAAAAACCAAUAAAUCGUCUAGCUAAGCGCGGGGGUGAAAACGAUAAGCAGACUUCAUCAUCGAGUUUAUCAAUUGUUUCAGAAGUUGAAAAUAUUUCAGAGACCGUAGCCGAUGUAGAAUUAUCUAACAAAUUAUCCCAUGAAGUUGGUCAGCAAAAAGAUUCAGAAAAAUUUAAAACUAUUUCUGAAUCACCUCAAAAAUUAUCGCAGUGUUCAGAUAAUAAACAGCAAUCUCGGAAAAGUUCACCAGUUAAUAUACUUGCAGUUACUGCAAAACCUUCUAUAAAAUUAGAGGAAUCAAAACCUUCUGUUGAAUCAGUGAAAGAAUCAAAUUCUUUUGUUGAAUCAGAGAAGGAAUCAAUAUCUUCUCUUGAAUCAGUGAAGGAAUCAAAUUCUUUUGUUAAAUCAGAGAAGGAAUCAAAAUCUUAUCUUGAAUUAGAGAAGGAAUCAAAAUCUUCUCUUGAAUCAAAGGAGGAAUCAAAAUCUCCUAUUGAAUCAGAGAAAGAAUCAAAAUCUAUUGUUAAUUCAGAAAAGGAGUCAAAAUCUUUUGUGAAUUUAGAGAAGGAAUCAAAAUCUUCUGUUAAAUCAAAAAAGGGGUCUAAAUCUUCUGUUAAAUCAGAGAAGGAAUCAAAAUCUUCUGUUAAAUCGGAGAAAGAAUCAAAAUCUUCUGUAAAAUCAAAGAAGGAAUUGGAAGCUAGUAAACAAAAAAAACAACUAGAACAAAGAUCAAAGAAAACGCCUGUCACUGAUGUUCCUACAUCUUCACUACCAGGAAAAAAUGAGAAAAAAAAAAAGAAAACAGCACCAUCAGCAGUUGUUGAUAUUUCAACAGGACUCGCAGCCGUUAAAGUAAUUACAGAUUGUGCGAAAUCAUAUAAGAAAUCGUUAGAAAAUCCCCACCAAAAGCGUCAAACUGUAAUUAAAUACAAACAAGAAAAAUUGAGUUCCGCAAAUAUUUCUACUCCUCAAUCUUCCUGUGAUACACCUGCAAUUGAAAGUAAUAAAGAUGUUAAUGAUAAUAAUGUUUUAGAAAAGAAACCUAUAAUUAAAGAAACUUCAAUAGUACCACCAGCAACUCAACAAGAGAAUGAGUCGAACAACCAAAAGUCACAAAAAAUUUCAGUACCAAGUACUUGUGAUUUAAUAAAAUCUCGUACUUCAACAAUUGCUGUCAUUCAAAAUAAUUCUAAGCAUAUUAACAAAGAUUUAGAUGAGAGCGGAGAAUCAACAUCGUCGCAGGAGAAAUCCGAUGAAGAAGUAGAGCAUACCUCUACAAAAGUGCUUUAUUCUUCAGUUUUAUCAGGCCUUAAAUUGAAAAAUAAACCUCCACAGCUACUUGAUUAUUUGAGAAUUAAACGAGCCCAAAAUAACAUCUGUUCACCAACUGAGAAAUCAUCAAAAUCUUUACAACUUCCGAGUAAUCUGAAUCAGCAACAACAAUCAUCUUCUCAACAAAAUGCUGAAGAAAAACUUGGUACAGUAAAAAGUAAGAAAGAAGAAAAAAUUAAAAAUAAAUACCAGGAUUGGGAUGACAAUCAAAAUUGUGUCAAAAAGUAUACAGUUUCGAAUACUGAUAGAUUUUCGACUGAAUCGAAUCAAUCAGAAUUACAUCAACAAUCAUCAUUAAUCAUUUCAAAAGUGUCUCCAACUAAAAAUCAUGAACUACUUUUAGAUGAAAAUCAAAAAGCAACUUUAAAUAAUAAUCAAGAAGUAAAUUCCGAUAGUCCUCAACAAGAACCUUUAGAUAAUAUUUAUCAAGUAACUUCAGAUAAUACUAAAAAAGUACUUGUAGACAAUAAUCUAGAAGUACCUUUAGAUGAUAUUGAACAAAUAUCUGUAGUUCAAACUCAAGAAUUAUCAAGUAAAACUCAAGAUGUAUCUAUUGAUGGAUCUCAACAAAUAUUGCCAGACAAUACUCAACAGUUGUCUUUAGAUAAAGUCGAAACUGAAGUGAUCAUAAGUGAUGUAGAACGUGAAUCUAGAGAACAACACGUUCUUGAAUCUUUUUCAUUAGAAACUUUUACAUUUUUAAAUCCUAGUGUAUUUGACAAUGUAGAUGAAGAUGCAACUACUUCAUCAAUUGUAACCGACACUGCAGAAAUAGUAACAGAAGUUGUAGUUAAUCCUCAAAUAACCGAUGAAAAAAAUCAAUCAACGAGCAUAGUAAAAGAUAAUAGUCAAACUGCUAUCAUCACCAAAGAAGUUACUUUAGGUGACAAAGAUAUUGAGAUGCCUAAUAUUAUUGAUCCUAUUAUCGAUCAGACAGAAGAAAUGGAUAAACUUGUUUUGGAGAAAAAUGAAAAAAACAUACAAUUAUCAAAUAAUCAAUUGGAAUCCAGUCAGGAUGUUGUAGUCCAUAUAUUACCACUUGAUGUUUCUAGUGAUAACACCCAAAAUAAAAUUUGGGUUAAAAAAGAUCUAAUAAAAAAAAAUGAAACAACUCCGCUUAAAGAAGCUUCAAGUGAAUUAAAUGCUAAGGAUGCAUUGAAGAAAAAUCAAUACAGUCGUGAAUUUUUAAUGUCAUUGAAAAAUUCAUCUCUCAGUCAAAUCAGGCCAGCUAAUUUACCUGAUAUGGAUGUUGUAAAAACCCGACCAAAACAAAACAUUAGAGAUUCUACUCCCGUGAAUACACGAGCGUUUCCCGAGCCAUCAUUUAAACCGCCUGAAUACUUUUUUCCUGGUUCUUCUAGAUCGUUUAAUUCCAGAGUGGCAUUACCAUCAAGAAAAAGUAUGCCAGGAAAUAAAUCCAGGUCCACCGAACCUCAAAUAAUACAUGUAAAACUGUCGCGGAGUGAAGAUGUCGAAUUACACACGGCCAAAAACGCAUGGAAACCAUCUGUAUCGAAAAAAAAUACACCAGUUUCAGAUAAAGAUGAAAAAACUCAAUUGCUUUAUAAAAAAGUUCGUAGUGUACUCAACAAAUUAACACCGGAGAAAUUUGAUAAACUUGUUGGACAAGUAAGAGAAUUAGAAAUUGACACGCAGGAAAAAUUACAAGGUGUCAUUAAUUUAGUAUUUGAUAAAGCAAUUGAUGAACCAAAUUUCGCAAAGGCCUAUGUUAUGAUGUGCAGCGAAUUAGCAUUAAUGAAAGUUGAUGUAUCAACUGAUGAAAUUAUAUCACAAGGCGCUAAAACUAAAGAAGUAGAUUUUCGCAGAUUACUUAUUAUUCGUUGUCAAACAGAAUUUGAAAAAACUGCAGUUGAUGAAGCAACUAGGGAAGAAAAAGUUGAAGAAAUUGAAAAUUGUACGGAUACUACUAAAAAAAAAGAGCUACAGUUGAGUCUUGAAGAAAAUGAUUAUCUGACAAGGCGAAGAUCUGUUGGGAUUAAUAAAUUCAUUGGUGAGUUAUUUAAGAAAAAAAUGCUCACAAAAAAUAUAAUGCAGCAAUGCAUUCUUCAGCUUUUAAGAAUUCCGGACGAAGAAAAUUUAGAAUGUCUGUGUAAAUUGUUAACAACUAUUGGCCAAAUGUAUGAGGAAGAUACAAGUCUCUCAGAAUACUUUAAGAUUUUAGAAAAUUUAAUAACUCAACAAGAAAAGAAUAAAAUUAGUUCAAGAAUAAGAUUUAUGAUCCAAGAUGUUAUUGAUUUAAGACGAAAUGGCUGGAGACCUCGUCGCAAUGACAGCAAUCCAAAAACAAUGGAUCAAAUUAAAAGAGACGUAGAAGAAGAACGUCUUAAUACAAAUAUACUAUUAAAUACACCAAAAGAUAUACGUAGGAAUGACCGAAUUACACCACCAAGUUCAUAUCGUGGAGACGAUCGUUUUACACCCCAAGAAACAAAUCGUAGAGAUUAUUCAACUGAUAGAAGACGAAACCGAUCAAACAUAAAACCUGACAGUGAGGGAUGGAGUCCAUCUAAAUAUAAAAAUAAAUCGCGUUUAUCAGUAGAAACUGCAAAAUUAAUACAAAAACCUUCAACAGAUGAUCAAUUGCUGGGUAAUAGAAAUGUAUAUAAAUGGACACCAAGUACACCAUCAUAUCAUACUCCUACUGUAACUUCUAAUCCAUACAGCUUACUAGAUACACCUAAUGUAUCUUUUGAUCACGAUAGAAGAUCUGCGUCUAUUGCUGGGUCACGUUCAGCUGGCCCGAAAGAUUACCGAACAAAUAUUAAUAGCAAUUCAUCAUGGGGAGGACGUAAUUCUCAAAACAAUCGUAAUCAAACAACUGGAAGUUCUCUGCGACGAGAAAGCUUAUCAUUAAAUAAAGUCUACUCGCCGAGCAUACAAAAUCUUCCUAUAAACACAUUCCAACCAGACUUUAAAGUACCUAACAGUAUUUCAGCUUUACCACUUUCUCGAUCAAGUAGCACUAGUAGUGUUGCAAGUAACAAAUCUCGAUCUCGCAAAACUCAAGACGAAUUGGAAAAAGUAUUCAAAAAACUUUUGAAAAGAUGUAAUGAUUUAAAUAGUACCGAAGAAUUUAUUGUUGAUGCGCAAGAAACACUGAAUGAGAAUUUCGAUAGUUCUUCAUUUCCGUUUUUUAUUCAACAAACAAUUGACGCAGGACUAGAACGCACGUCAAUAGUUCGUCGAAGAUACUCGUCUUUGCUGUCUCAUAUGAUUGAGAAAAAAAUGGUUACUCUCUCCCUGUUUCAAGCUGAAUAUGAAAAAUUCAUUGAAAUAGCAGAUGAAUUAGUAAUUGAUGUACCUCUAUGCUGGGAAUAUUUCGCAGAGAUGCUAUCAGAAAUGUUGGUGUCAGGCACUCAUCCGUUUACUGAGUUAAAACAAACAUUAUCUGUACUAAAAAAUACAGGAAAUUGUGGUAAACUAUUAGGAGCAUUAUUAUCAAUGUUAGGCAAAAGUAAAGGAUUUGAAUGGGUGAUUGAUAAAUGGGAUAAAAGUGGAUUGAUGUGGUCCGAUUUGGUUGAUACACAAUUGGAAGCAAUUGAUGACAUUAUAAAAAAGUAUAAAUUGGAUUCAUUCAAUGACAGGUAUAAUAAUUGUCCAAACCUGUCUUCGGCAAAUGAAUUAAAUUUUAAUGAGAUUCAGAGUCAUUUAGAGAAACUUAUGCGCGAAAACAAAUUUGAUGAUGCUGUCAGCUGGAUCUCUGUAAACGUUGGUGAAAAAUCCAAAUACACACAAUUCAUACGAAGUCUAGUUACAGUUGUUUUAAAAGUUUCCAUUGAACCACAUGGCCAGUAUUGUAAACUCAACGAAGAAACAUUCAGUAGAUUAUUGCCUUAUAUUAGACGUUAUGUAGAUGCAGAUCCACUGUUAGAGCUUCAUUGUUUAUACGCAAUACAACUAUAUAUUGAUGAAUUAGAAUAUCCGCAAGGCGUGCUAGCCCAUAUAAUUGAAAUAUUAGAUGCUGAAAGUAUUAUAGCUGAAGAGUCAUUUCUUAGUUGGCAAAAAAGUACAGAUCCUGCACAAAUGCAAGGGCAUGCAGUUGCUAUUACAACUCUUGCGUCAUUUUUCCGAUGUCUUUUACGUAACUCAAAUGAUGAUUCGGAAUAUUAAAAUUUUCUCGUUCGUUUCUAUACUUUAUUAUUUAUAUUUAUUUAUUUUUAUUGUGUUUGUUGUUUGUAAAUUAUAUCUUUAAAAAAUACUUGUAAUUUAUAUUUAUGGAGAUAAAAAAAUUUAACUUUGAUAACUUAUAAUAAAUACUUAGGUUCCAGUUAUAUGAUAUAUUAUAAAGUAUAUAAAACGUUAUAUGUUGUUGAAGAAUAAAUGUAUAUACUUUUCUACGAUAAUGUAUAAAUUAAGUUUCAGUAUUUCUAUUGCGAUGAAUGUUAUAGUAAUUUCAAAUUUUAUUUCUUUUUGUACUAUUAAUA